GGUAUGUUCCGAGUAGCGGGCGUCGUCUCAAGGCGCCAAUUUAGGAGCCGAUGUUUCACUAUUCCAAUCGUAGGCUUCUAUCUGCCGCUGCGAUUCGCAAUCAUUACAACCCGGCAUUGACUCUACCCAACCCGAAGUCAGCGUCUAGAUUCGGUGGGCAAUGGGUAUUGGCCCUUUAGCAAAUUAGGUUUCCAUUCAAUAUCCACUGGGUACCACAGCUAAAGCGCUGAUGCUUGACCGCCGCUCAUUAACCUCUAUAUAAAUUUACAGUCACUCAGAGUUUCCCUAAAUCAAAUCACCAUGGAUAGUACUUUUCAUCCCUCAACGGUUCCCUAUCCUCUCAACAUCUCUGGUAUCACCAUCGAUUUCAAGGAAUCAAAAAUGGAUAUAGAGUUUGCUAAAGUAUGCAUGGGCGAAUCAUGCAGUGUGCCGCAGAGUGUGCCACUGAUUGGAUGUAAACGAAAAAAGAGAUUGCGAUGGACAUUUUCUCCACCCUGGGUGCUUUCUUACGGGGAUAAAUUUUCCUUGCAUAUGGAUUGUCUUAACAAGGCGUCAUAUUAUAGUUCGAAGACCGAAGAUUUUCCUUUGAACCCAGAUGACAUCUUCCAUGCGUAUGGCGCCAGCCAAGGACAAGACUACACCACGUAUCAUAACAAAAUCAGAAUCGACGUCCAGUUUUCUAGGAACAUAACUAUUCCUCGAUUCCGAAUACUGGUGAUAGGAGAGACUGGCGUCGGCAAGUCAUCGCUGGUCAGCCACGUAUUUGGAGUGGAAGAUAUGAUCUAUCUGCACGGGGCCAGCAUUGAUCAUGAGUUCAUUUCACCUCAAAACGACAAUUUUGUUCUCCACAUUAGCAAAGGUUUUGAACUCAGAGACAACCUCGAAACAAUCCGGGAUUUCAUUGACCGUCGGAGGAACAUGUCUCCAGAGUUGCAUGCUGUUUGGCUCUGCCUUGAGACACCCCUUACAGGCAAAUGCUUGCUAGACACGAGAACGAAGGAAUUUCUGACAUUGAAACGUAGUGGAAUACUGGGAAACGUUCCUGUCAUCGUCGCUCUUACUAAAUAUGAUAGACUCGUCGACCGCAUACAGCUAACUCUAGAUAAAAUCUCUCUCGAAGGAUUGAGCGAUGAAGCCAUUCAGGAACUCGCCAAGGCAAAAGCAGAAGUGGAGCUGCAGGAUAUUUGCAUCGGACCUCUAAAGAAAAUUGCAGGGCCUAAUAUUCCCCAUGCUGCGAUCUCUACCAACGAAGACUAUAAGAAGACACUCACCCACCUGGUUCAGAUAACUGAAAACUGCGUCAGUCAGCAUUCUGCAUCCGAGACUGCAGUGAUGACCUCCAUCCGAAUCGCUCAACAAGUGGAUCCUGGACUCAAAAUAGAAGCAUCAUUCGAGGUUGGCAAGAGAAAAUAUCGGAAGACACUUUCAUGUUGUUGCUGUUGCACGAUAUUCAAGAAGCCCAAGAUGUGGGAUUUUCUACAUGUGCUUCAUACUGACAUCGUCAACGUGUGGAACUUCUAUGACCUUCAUCAUCACCUACUCGGCCAAAAUUUCAGGGAAACGAUGAUAGAAACGGUCGAAGUUGGACUUACCAAUGGACGUCGACACUUCUUCAGCCACGCGCCAGUGAUUCAGCACUUCAUGUCGUACAUCGUCCACUUAACACUUGUAUUGCAGACACUUUAUUUCGUGUCAGAAGGACGGGAACUCACUCAUAAGGCCAUCAGGCUCGCGGUCUCUUCCUACCUUGCCUCCCCAUUGAGAGGAGAGGCUCGUACUUGGAUUCAGGCUUGUGAUAGGCAAUUGACCAUCCUGGAUCGCGUGGAUCGGGAUAGAAUCGUCGAGGUGGUGCGAUCUUAUAGCAUCGAUGCGAUACAAAGGGUCCAACUUCAACCCGAACUUCUGGGAAACAUUCAUACACCAAGGAGAAGAGGUGCACGUAGUAUCGGCAAAUCCCAUUACAAUAGUUCCCAUCCCGACAGAAUUACCAGAGAGGCUCCCAGAAGGGAUGAUUGCAGUCGCAGUCCCGAGAGAACUAGUAUGAGAGUGUGGGCUCCCGAUCCUCGCAGAUUUCCACACAGAGCUCCCAGUCACAGAUACAGAACUUCCAGUCUCGAGGGAAUUACCAGAGAGGCUCCCAGAACUCCCAGAGCUCCUGCUCCCGUCAGCAUUUCCAGAACUUACAGUCCCGACGAAAUUACCAGAGUGGCUCCCAGAACUCCCAGAAUUCAUAGUACCGUCAACGUUUCCAGAACUUCCAGUCUCGAGGGAAUUACCAGAGAGGCUCCCAGAACUCCCAGAGCUCCUGCUCCCGUCAGCAUUUCCAGAACUUACAGUCCCGACGAAAUUACCAGAGUGGCUCCCAGAACUCCCAGAAUUCAUAGUACCGUCAACGUUUCCAGAACUUCCAGUCUCGAGGGAAUUACCAGAGAGGCUCCCAGAACUCCCAGAGCUCCUGCUCCCGUCAGCAUUUCCAGAACUUACAGUCCCGACGAAAUUACCAGAGUGGCUCCCAGAACUCCCAGAAUUCAUAGUACCGUCAACGUUUCCAGAACUUCCAGUCUCGAGGGAAUUACUAGAGAGGCUCCCAGAACUCCCAGAUAUCCUAGUACCGUCAGCGUUUCCAGAACUUCCAGUCCCGACGGAAUUACUAGAGAGGCUCCCAGAACUCCCAGAAGUUCUAGUCUCGUCAGCGUUUCCAGAACUCCCAGUCCUGACGGAAUUGCCAGAGAGGCUCCCAGAACUCCUAGUCCCGACAGAAUUACUAGAGAGACUCCCAGAACUUCGAGAACUCCCAGUCCCGACAGAAUUACCACAGAUGGUCCCAGAAUUCUCAGAAUUCCGCCAGAAUUCACACCCCCGAUGCCAGAAUUCCCGCUACCCAGUGGGAUUUCCAGUCCUGAAGUUCCCGAUACCAGAAUUCCCGCUACCCAAAUUGCCAGAGAGCCCGGAGAUUGACCAAGGAGAAGAGGUGCGUGUACCAUCAGUGAUACCCCUGACAUGGUGGAGCAGGUGGAUGUUACACCAAGGAGCAGAGGUGUGCGUAGCAUCAGCGAAUCCCCUGGCAUAGUGGAGCAGGUGGACGUUAACGACGUCACUCGAGCAU